GCUUCCCUUCAACAUUGACUCGGAAAAAAAAUCCCCGAGGAAAAUAGAAUAUUCAAAGUACUUAUUUUCAAUCAAGUAUUUGUCCCCGUUUCGCGUGAUAUAUAUAUAUAUAUAUAUUUUUUUUAGGAUUCUUCCCGCCCCCCCUUCCUUUUCUCCCCUCCAAGGAAAGGGAGGGGAAUGAAUUGUAUUUUUCCCCCCUAGUCUCAAAUCAUCUAUGUUAAAUACCCAUACUGAUCUGUCUUGAAGGAGAAAUACAUCGCUCGUUUUUUAAAUAGCUAUACAAAAGGAGUGGAAAAAAACGCAAGAGAACGAAGUCUUUUUCUUUUUCUUGUGGGAGAACUUAAUGCUGCUUUGGUCAUUAACCUAACAUCCCAACAUACAACAAAAGGAAGAGAAGGAGGAAGGAAGGAAAAGAAGGUGAUUCAGGAAGGGAGCGAUCAUGUCAGGGCGGCCCAGAACCACCUCCUUUGCGGAGAGCUGCAAGCCAGUGCAGCAGCCUUCGGCGUUUGGCAGCAUGAAAGUUAGCAGUGCAUUGGAUAAAAAGAACAAGACACGGUUUCCUGUCACUAAGUUUGCAGGAGACAAGGAUGGCAGUAAGGUGACCACAGUGGUGGCAACUCCUGGGCAGGGUCCAGACAGGCCGCAAGAAGUCAGCUAUACAGACACUAAAGUGAUUGGAAAUGGGUCAUUUGGUGUGGUAUAUCAAGCCAAACUUUGUGAUUCAGGAGAAUUGGUUGCCAUCAAGAAAGUAUUGCAAGACAAGAGAUUUAAGAACCGAGAGCUCCAAAUCAUGAGAAAGCUAGAUCACUGUAACAUAGUCCGAUUGCGUUAUUUCUUCUACUCAAGUGGUGAGAAGAAAGAUGAGGUCUAUCUCAAUCUGGUGCUGGACUAUGUUCCGGAAACAGUAUACAGAGUUGCCAGACACUAUAGUCGAGCUAAACAGACGCUUCCUGUGAUCUAUGUCAAGUUGUAUAUGUAUCAGCUGUUUCGAAGUUUAGCCUAUAUUCAUUCCUUUGGAAUCUGCCAUCGGGAUAUUAAACCACAGAACCUCUUGUUGGACCCUGAUACAGCUGUAUUAAAACUCUGUGACUUUGGAAGUGCAAAGCAGCUGGUCCGAGGAGAACCCAAUGUUUCGUAUAUCUGUUCUCGGUACUAUAGGGCACCAGAGUUGAUCUUUGGAGCCACUGAUUAUACCUCUAGUAUAGACGUAUGGUCUGCAGGCUGUGUGCUGGCUGAACUGUUGCUAGGACAACCAAUAUUUCCAGGGGACAGUGGUGUGGAUCAAUUGGUGGAAAUAAUCAAGGUUCUGGGGACACCAACAAGGGAGCAAAUUAGAGAAAUGAAUCCAAACUACACAGAAUUCAAAUUUCCUCAAAUUAAGGCACAUCCUUGGACUAAGAGGCCCGAUGCACGAAAUUCAUGCAAGGGGCUCAGCCCUCACAGCCGCAGUGCCCAGCUUCGUUCAGGUCGUCUGGACGGUCUUUCUGCUGUUUGGCCAACAGGUGAUUCAUCAGGAACAGGACAUUUCAACUCAGGAGUGCGGGUCUUCCGACCCCGAACUCCACCAGAGGCAAUUGCACUGUGUAGCCGUCUGUUGGAGUAUACACCAACUGCCCGACUGACACCACUGGAAGCUUGUGCACAUUCAUUUUUUGAUGAAUUACGGGACCCAAAUGUCAAACUACCAAAUGGGCGAGACACCCCUGCACUCUUCAACUUCACCACUCAAGAACUGUCCAGUAAUCCACCUCUAGCUACCAUUCUUAUUCCUCCUCAUGCUCGGAUUCAAGCAGCUGCUUCAACCCCAACAAAUGCCACAGCAGCCUCAGAUCACUGUCAUUACAGAUAUGCUGAAAAUACCCAACCCUUGUGUGAAUUGAAGUUCUUCGGAAGAAUGGCUGGAUGCUGUUUAAAAUGAAGUUAGAAAUAUACUAGAUGCUAAUGCUGGAGACCGUGGACAGACCAAUAACGCUGCUUCUGCAUCAGCUUCCAACUCCACCUGAACAGUCCCGAGCAGCCAGCUGCACAGGAAAAACCACCAGUUACUUGAGUGUCACUCAGCAACACUGGUCACGUUUGGAAAGAAAAUUAAAAAGAGAAAAAAAAAACCUGUUCAUUUUAGCGUUCAAUUUUUUUAUUAUUGUUGUUGUUAUUAUUUAACCUUGUAAAAUAUCUAUAAAUACAAACCAAUUUCAUUGUAUUCUCACUUUGAGGGAGAGCCAGGGGUGGGAGGGUUGGGGGGAGGGAAGGCGGAGCACCAGAACACGAUCUCUCUCCCACGACAAUCUUACCAGAAGUCUGCUGUUGGAUACUUUAAAAACAGGACUCCUGCUUCAUGCCCCUUCCACAAAAUAAGAAAACUUUGUUCUGUGCUGAAGUUUUUUUGAACUUUUUUCUUUUAAAGUCAAGUGUAAGACUUGGUAUAGUGCACAGCUUGAAAUUGGUUGGGAGCUUAGCAGGUGUAACUCCGUGGGGACUUAAAUUCACUUGUAAAAUUAAUCCAUAUCCUGGGGCGUUCGAAGACUUGCCUUUGGCAUGUUGGUGGCAGGUGUGGCAGACAAAAAAAAAAAGGAAAUGUGUAUCCUUUGUAACCCUGGGAGGUCAAUAAAGUUAGAAGCUGUAAGGGGAAGAUUCUUAAUUGAUGUGUUAAAGUUCUGUUUUGCUCUUAAUCAGUGCUAGUGGUGGGCGAACUUGUGUAAGAGGCUGUCGGGAGGAGCAUGCCUGCUCCUCCUGUGGAUCUUUGUUUGCCUGGCCAAAGGUUCUCUGCAAACCUUAGUACGGUUGUAAACUAGUGACCCAGCAGAAGGCUGACAAAGCGUUGAGCCGGCCACUCUGGCUGUGGAGGUCAAAAGUCGAUAAACCCGGAGGAAGGGACUGGCCAGGGCAGGUCUCACCACUGUGAAUGAAGUAUUCCAGAUUCUUCUCUAAAGUUGCUUCCCUUGGAAAGAUACACUUGAGAGGACAUUAUAGUUAAAUAAUGUGAACUGUCACAGUCUACUGGUUUAUUUUCAUAUUUUUUAAUUACAGAUUGAGCUUGCAGAAAAUGCCACGUUCUGCACAUAGUUCUGAUUUUAAAUCCAAAUCUAGAAUCUGUAUUUAAUUUCAGCUUUUUUUAACCUCAUGCUUUUUAAAUUUUAUUUAUUGAUGCAUGUGUCAGGCCAUUAUGAUUCUAGAUGAUAGGAAUAUUACAAACUACGCAUCCAAAUGAUAUAAACAGUCACUAGUACCUGCUGACGUUAUAGGAAAGUGGAUUAUAUAAAUGUGUGUAUAUGUGUUAUGUAUAAUAGAUUCAGUACUGCCUUUUGUUUUUGUUUUCAUUUUGUCCACAGUAUCAAAAUUGACUGCUUGAAGAGUGAGAAGAAGAAUGAUUUCCCUAUACCCAGUUAAGAGUUUUGUUUGUUUUCUUUUCUGUAUCAGUGGAUGGUGUAAGAACCAGUCUCUGUUUUUGAAGAAAAAGCAAUAUUCCUUGGAAAGCAAGGAGGAUUGAAGGAUUAUGUUUGCAGUGAGGAAAUAGAUUUUUACAAAGAGUUUGUUUUACAUGUUUAAGGUUGACAUCUAUGUGGGCCUUAUAUACUCUAAAAUGAACCUUAGUCACCUUGGUGCUUAUGGGCCAUUACUUGACCUAUGAAUCUUUAAGGCACAACCAGUUGUACUUUACAUGUAAAGAUUACUUGAGUGAUGGUCGCCUUUCCCCGUACCUGCUCCUUCCCCACAUGCCUUCUACGGUUCACUGAGAGCUAGGGCUGCAGAGCUGGGCCCUAGGUUGUGUGUAACCUACCUUCCCCUUCUCAUUGCCACCUUAGGUCAUGUUAGGGGUCUCGCCCUCCAGGCGAUUUGGAAACAGAGUCUCUUGACAGCCCUCAUGCUGGUCCCCAGAGCCUGUACUACUUACCCAAGUGUGUGUGACUCCCGGAGAGUCGACUGCCUGCUGAAGUGAACCAGUGCCAGAAAGGCAGCUGUGAGCCAUCAUCGUCUUCACUCACUGCUUAGCUGUGCUCUUAGGCCGCAGAAGGGGUUUCUCAAACCUCUGGUUGUAUCAGAGUUCAUGAGGAAGGAAACAUCCUCGGUCAAACCAAAUCAAACGUAUUGAAUUUUACUUUUCAUAAUGAGCCUCUAAGAGCUGAUUAAGAUUGGAAGGACGUCUGAGUGAAAGUAUUUGGCAACAUGAUACUAAAGGAACGGCUUUGAUAGGCCAUUUUCAGAAAAGAUUUAUAAAGAGGCCGAACAGCAGGUCUGUGACAGAAAUGGACCUGCUUUCAGACCACUGCCUGGCCAAACAUCUGGACAGACACUACUCUGGAUUUGGUAUAUCUGCCAGAGUCCAUAGAAACCUGUGCUUAUUUUACAAAAUACCUUCCCCCCGAUAAAUGGGGUGAGAAAAGAGAAGAGUCUAAUGCUUUCCUCUCGUGUUGUGUGUGCGUGUCUGAGGGCUGAGGUGCGUGAUUUUUUUUCUUUCUCAAGGAUCAUGGCAGGAUCACAGAGCUCUUUUAUACAAGUGAGAUCCAGGUCUCUGCGUAUCUUUUUGUAAAUAAUAAAAUAAUAAUAAUAAUAAAAGCUCCUCACCAAAUUCAAGCUUGUACAUUAUAUUUUCUUUCAAUGUUUUUAAAUUUAAGUUUUAUUGUUUUGUAUGUAAAUAUGUGGACCCAGGAACUGUUAUUAAUGAGCAAAAAGUUACUGUUCAGGGCAGUGAUUCUGUUUAAUAAUCAGACAAAAUGUAGACGAGCUUUUUAAAGCCAUAUAGUUUUAACUCUGUACAGUAGGUACCGGCCUGUAUUAUUGUAACAAUAACUCUAGCAAUGUAUAGUGUAUCUAUAUAGUUUGGAGUGCCUUCGCUUCCAUGUGUUUAUUUGUUGUUUUUCAUUUUUUAAAUUUUAAUUGGUUUCUCUCUAUAUCCAUGUCUCCCUGUCCCCACCCUUAUUUUCCUAUGAAAUAAUAGCUCACUCAUAACACAGUGUCUGUGCCCCUUCACGGUGAAUUUCAGUGAUACCAUGCUCAGGAGUGGAAAGAGGAAACCAUGUUUAUAAUCUGUCAUGUAAUCCCUGCCUUUGUUUUGGUUCUGAACAUAAUGUCUUCCUCAGUAGCAGUGAUUGGUUUCAUUUCAUCCUUAGGCCAUCCAGGGACUCAGCGUAGUGCCAGGGAGCCCUAGAGCUGGAGGGUAUCAAUUAGAUUUUGCUCGUCUCUUCCCCAAACCCUAACCAUGGGUCUUACAAUCAGCAGAUUCCAUGCUCACUCUCCUCAUUUCCUUCCCUCACAAAUGAGAGGGGAGAACUGGUUUUUGUAAAUCAGUUCCAUCAUAGCAUUGGGUUUUGCUAAUCAGUGGUCUGAAAUGCCAUGGUAAGAUUGCAGGCAGUAAUGCCGGAGUGUGCGCGAGGACUGUGGCUUAAUGAGGGGACUCCGCCUGUCUGUCCUCCCGCCACCUCCACCCCUUUCAGCAAAAUCUCAUUUUAAUUUCUUUUUGAAAAAAUCAUUUGAAUUCUUACUGUGUGCCCAUCAUGAAGGCCUUUUUUGAAAGAAAAAAAUCAAAAUUACUUGUUUUGCCUCCAAGUACUCCAUAUGAGAUGUCUUGAAUAGAAGAAAAAAACAAACUUUACCAAACCAAAGGUUCCUAUUUUUGAAACAUCAUGUGUUCAUUCCAGCAAGGCAGAGGACUGCACCUUCUUUCCAGUGACAUGUUGUCAUUUUUUAAAGUCCUCUUAAUUUUUUAGAUACAUAUUUUUGGUGUGUGUUUUAACAAAGCUGCCUAACCAGUCAUCUGGUCUGCACCAAUGCAAAGGUUUCUGAGAGGACUCUUGUAUUCUCUAUCCCUGUGGAUAUAAAGACACUGGCAUUUUAUUUCUUUUUCCCUUUCCUUUUUAAGGGAUUUAACUUUGGAAUCUUCCAAAGGAAGUUUGGCCAAUGCCAGAUCCCCAGGAGUUUGGGGUUUCUUUUCUUUUAAACAAAAAUUGUAACUGAUUCCUGUUGUUGUUCUUAGUGAUCAUCUAAUCACAGAGCCAAACACUUGUCCCGUCUAUAGAAAAAUAAACUAAGCAUGCUUUACAAUAAAAUCUGACUUUGCUGAUAUAAACCUGAGCCACCGAAGAUAAGAGAGACAACUAGAAGCAGAAUAGAGUCCCAGACUAAGGUCUACGUUUGAGAGGCUUCGAAAGUAAUCCCUGAGGUUUGGAUUAUUUUCAUAAGGGUUAUGAUGUUUUAUUCAAGUUUGUUGCUCCGUUUUGCACCUCUGCAAUAAAAGCAAAAUGACAACCAGUACAUAAGGGGUUAGCUUGACAAAGUAGACUUCCUUGUGUUAAUUUUUAAGUUGUUUUUUUUUUCAUACUAUAUCUGCUACAGGCAGAUUCAGAUAGAUGUAUGAAAUGUGCUUGCCUGUAAAAUUGCAUUUAUAAAUGUGUUGCCGAUGGAUCACUUGGGCCUGUACACAUACCAAUUAGCGUGACCACUUCCAUCUUAAAAACAAACCUAAAAAACAAAAUUUAUUAUAUACAUAUAUAUAUAUAUAUAAAGGACUGUGGGUUGUAUACAAACUAUUGCAAACACUUGUGCAAAUCUGUCUUGAUAUAAAGGAAAAGCAAAAUCUGUAUAACAUUACUACUUGAAUGCCUCUGUGACUGAUUUUUUUUUUCAUUUUAAAUAUAAACUUUUUUGUGAAAAGUAUGCUUAAUGUUUUUUUUUCCCCUUUCCCCAUUCCCUUGUAAAUACAUUUCGUUCUAUGUGACUUGGUUUGGAAAUAGUUAACUGGUACUGUAAUUUGCAUUAAAUAAAAAGUAGGUAGCCUGGAAAUGAAAUUAAAA